GAAGAAUUAUCCAGGAAGUGUUUUAACUAAGUUAGCUUUACGUGAGCUAACGUGCUUGAUGUGAGCUCCAGCUCUUAGCUGUGUUAGGAGUUAAUAUACAGAGACAGAUUUAACAUAUUAACUAUAAAUAAUCUUUAGAUAAAUCCUCCUACAUGGACUCUGCUGCUUCUGUUGUUUCCUCUUCACCUCCUCGUAGCUAACGCUUAGCGUGUUAGCUGGAAAUACUCAGUUUCCUUGAAAGAAGGUGUCUCUGAUCGUUUGUUAAGAUGUCUAAGAUCCAAACCCUGAGAGGGUUAGUGAACCAGAGACUGACUGCAGCUGCUGAAGAGAUCUUUGAGCUGUUUGAAAGAACCAUAGCAGAGUACGAGGACCAAAUUAGAGGAACUAAAGAGAAGCAACACAAACUACUGAACUCUGUUUACAACCCGGAAGUCCUCUUACAGAGAGCAGAAGUCCAGCAGCUGGUGGAGAGGAAAGAAGAGGUUCCCUCUGAGCAGCAGGAGAGGAGCUCCAGUCCAGACCAGGAGGACCCACCUGAGCCACCACACAUUAAAGAGGAACAGGAGGAACUGUGGAGCAGUCAGGAGGGAGAGCAGCUUCAAGGACUGGAGGAGGCUGAGACCACCAAGGUCACAUUCACUCCUGUCCCUGUGAAGAGUGAAGAUGAUGAUGAAGGAGAGGAACCUCAGUCCUCACAGCUUCAUGAAGAGAACAGAGACACAGGAGCUGGUGGAGAGGACUGUGUGGGAUCAGAACCAGACAGGAACUUUAAUCCAGACAGUCAGUUACAACCAGAUCCUGAUGAAGAGACUUCACAGUUCUUUCAGUGUGAGAAUAACUUCAUGAAGUGGUAUUUUGACGACACCGCAGGUUUAAACUCUCUGCAGAACAAAGAAGAACCCGUCAGUGAUAUGGAAUGUGAUACAGCAGUUCCCUCCUUCGACCGCGCUACAAGCUUCGAUCUCCCGAGACACGAUGCGAUCCUAACCGAGGUCAAACCACAUCGCUGCUCCAUUUGUGGUCAAAGAUUCUCAGAGAAGUCGUCCUUAAUAAACCACCGGAGCCUUCACUCGGAAGAAAAGCGGUUCAGCUGCUCGGUUUGCAACAAAAAGUUUCACUGGAGGAAAGACAUUUUGACACACAUGAGGAUCCACACGGGGGAGAAACCGUACAGCUGCUCUUUCUGCGGGACGGGGUUCGCUCAGAGCUCUAAUUUGGUCUCCCACUUAAAGGUCCACACAGGAGAUAAACCUUUCCCCUGCUCCGUUUGUAAAGCACGCUUCAGUUUAAAGAAGACGUUGGAGGAACACUUGAGAACCCACAGCGGAGAGAAACCGUUCGACUGUCUAGUUUGUGGUAAAAGGUUUGCUCAAAGGGGACACAUGAGGCGACACCUGGCCGUCCACACGGGGGAGAAACCGUACAGCUGUUCAGUUUGUGGGAAAGAGUUCGCUCAGAAUGUGAGUCUGAAGAAGCACAUGACCGUCCACACCGGGGAGAAACUGUUCAGCUGUGAUGGUUGUGAUAAAAGAUUCACUCGGCGUGAGUAUCUGAAGAAACACAGAUGUUGUGAUGAGAGCGGCGCGCGGAAACGAAGCUGUAGAGACGAUCGUUGACUCGGCGUUGAUCCGUCUGAAGCGUUAUUUUUUUUCUGAUGACUUUGAGCCACUCACUUUGUUUUUGUUUCAAACAGCACUUUUGGUUUCACAUGUAUGCUCUAACUUUAACGUUUAUCUAAGCUGAGUGAUUCAUUUUAUAUCCUCAUGUCUGUUUUUUGUGAAACGUUAUAUGAAUAUUACAUUUUUUGAUUUUUCCACUAAAUAAAACUAUUUUCCAAUCAUA